CAGACCCGGCGGCAUGGGCGGGCAUUGGCGGGCAGUGCCCCCCCACAGAGUCAGCUAUGCCCCCCCUGACUGGACUGGAAGCCGUAUAUGUUUUUUUUUUGUUUUGUUUUGUUUUCACCUCUGAGUGACCAUCUUUCUAUUUUUCCUAUCUCAGUUUGUCAGUCAUACAAUUCAACCAAUCAGUGAAGGAAGGCAACGUUCUAGCCAAUUACAGUUGGAGGGGGGCGGGUCACUGACUAAAGUUCAUACUUGAGAAACAGCUACGCUCACCGUUGUUCGUGUGGCAUGGAUAUUCGGACUUAUUUCCAAACAAAUAAGAGGACAACAAGUGACACUGGAGUACAUGAGAAUGGACAGGAAGCAGCACCAUUCAUUUCAGUUGGAAACGUAAGCGUUGAAGUCAACACUGGAGUAAACAUUCAUGCUAGGAGGGUUAGCUACAGCAGCUAGGGAGCACAAGGAGCAGAACCGAGCAGUGCUCAGCCAAACGUGAGUGACGACGUCAACAACAACACUGAUGUUUGUGGUAACAUUACAUCUGCCAGGAGAAAUGGAAACAGGCCGCAGUCUAAUGACCUAGGCACUGAAAACCCAGAAAGACCACUCUUGCAGAGUUUUCCUUCGCGCAUUUUCUCCGGGAUAAAAAGGUCAUUCUGCAGUUCAUGGUAUGGACGUUUUACUUGGCUGGAGUAUUCAGUUCAGGCAGAUGCUGCAUACUGCUACCCAUGCAGAAUGUUUCAGGGACAAGGAUCCAGAUACGGUGAUCCAACUUUCACUGUGACUGGUUUCCACAACUGGAAGCAUGCAGUGGAAGCUGGAAAGGGACUAAACAAACAUGCUGCUUCUAAGGAGCACCUGGCUUGUGAGGCCAUGUGGAGGGACAAGGAAAGAUGAACUCAAACAAGUAAAGAAAUCUCAACAUUAAUUAACAAUGAUCAACUGCAGCGCAACAGAUAUUAUCUGUCUGCAAUUAUUGAUGUUGUGGAAUUCCUUGCUGUGAACCAGCUGCCUUUUAGAGGUGACCACGAUGCAUACAGUGGCAUGAAUGAGGAUGGAUGUGGACUAUUUUUGUCUUUAUUUGAGUUUUCAUUAAGGAAAGACGCUGAAUUAGCAAGGAUAUCAAAAACUAUUCCACGCAAUGCAACAUACACAAGUCAUGACAUUCAGAAUAACCUAAUAGAUGUGAUGAGUGCUUUAGUAAAAGAGCACAUAGUGAAAGAAGUUGGUGAAUCAUUCUACACAUUAAAAGCAGACGGAACCAGAGACCCAACAGGGAGAGAGAAUAUAUCCAUAAUUCUCCGCUUUCUGAAUGAACUAUCUGAACCAACUGAGCGCCUCCUAUCAAUAGCCACUGCUGACGAAGGAGAUGCAGCUACGCUGACUGACAUCAUCAUAGGAGAACUUACCAGAGCUGGCCUGAACCCCGAGAAAAUCCUCAGUCAGGUGUAUGAUGGUGCCUCACUCAUGUCAGGUAAACAUGGAGGGGUACAGAAACUGCUGCAGGAAAAACUGGACAGAGAGAUACCAUAUGUCCACUGUUAUAAUCAUCAGCUGCAUUUGGUGGUCAUCCAUGCCCUGGCAGUUGAAAAGGCUGUGAUUGACUUCUUCAGUGUGUGUAACAUGCUGUACAAGUUCUGCAGAAAACCAACUGUUGCCAUUCUCUACAAAGGAGAGACACUCAAGCGCCUGUUGGAUCAACGAUGGAGUGGACAUUUUGCUACAGUCUCAGUCAUUCUGAAAUCUUUUGAUGACCUGUCCAUACUGCUUCGAGAAAUCACCAGCAACCGGGCAUUUGGAGCAGAUCUGCGCAUUGAAGCAACAGGAUUGUGGAAGAGCAUGUCUGAACCCAGCUUUAAAUUCAUUGCUGAGAUGGUGCAAAAGAUCCUUGCAUAUCUUGAUCCCCCAAACAAGAUGUUGCAGUCUGAAGACAUGGAUCUGCUUACAGCUAUCCAGCUAAUCAGCAGUGCAAUCACCUGUCUUGAGAAUAUCCGCACUGAGACAGAAUUCCAGGCAAUCCAAGCACAGAGUGACAGUGUCACAACAAGGCCAUCAAAGAGAAGAUGCUCAGAAAACUCUGCCUUUGCCGACUAUGUUGUUCAGGAAAUCAGGACAUGUGUCGAUCGUAAUGAUGAAACAGAACUACGCAGGAUUUAUUAUAGUUGCAUUGACUCAGUAUGUGAGGAAAUGAAAAAUCGCUUUGGGAAACAUAAUUGUGACCUGAUGGAGGCACUCAGUGCCCUGGAUCCUGUGCAUGCCACCUUCUUGGAUGUCAACAAGGUGAAGCCCUUACUUGACCUCACCAAGACACCUGCUGUGGACUCCGAAUUCGAGGUGGCCCGCAACUUCCUUGUGACACAAAUGAAAGAGUCUUCUCCACCAGAUGGGAAGAAGUGGACAAUGAAACAGAUUUUGAAACAGUUCCAGAAGCCAUUGGAAGCAAUGCCUACUGUCUUUACAGCCUUUAAACAUGGCCUGACGUUUGGAGCCAGCACUGCAUCUUGUGAAAAUUCGUUUUCCACUCUUAAAAAUGUCUUCACGGAGCAUCGCCAAACUAUGCUUCAUCAACGCAAGGCCAAUCUGAUCCAGUUGGCAUUUGAGAAGGACUUGACUCAGAAAUUUAGGAAUGAAUGGAAGGACAGUGUCUUAAGAAGGUUUCACACACUACACAAACGCCGUCUGCCACUCUACUAAAAGUGGAGUAAACCUCUUUCUGCUCACCACACCUCCUCCCUCACAUGCACAAACUUAGGUUUCUUGCAGGCAGAACAGUUCUCUGUUCUGCUCCUUGUACUCCCUAGCUGUUGUAGUUAACCCUCCUAGCAUGAAUGUUUACUUCAGUCAGUGUUCUGACAUCAGUGCUUAUGUUUUUCACUGCAUGUGUUUUUGCAUAUAUUUGACUUUUAAUUUAAUUGAAUGAACAAAGCACUGCACUAUUGUUUUUUUUUGUUUGUUUGUUUAGAUUUUGGGAUUUUAUUGACAGAUUGUUGUUUCUCAGCACUGGAGUCGCCAAGGAGCCGCUGUUCAAUUUGAAGCAAAUAAAAGGCUUUUUGAAAAAAAUGUGCCCCCCCUGAAAAAAUACAAUGCCCCCCCUUUAAAAUGUUUCUGCAGCCGGGU